AUGCUUGGAGCAUUUCUUUCGCACAGCUUCCCAUUGGCUGCUCAACCCCUCCGUUCUUUCUCCUCCAAACACAACACAGAGCACGCCUUUCUCGGAAAGAACUACUUUCGCUAUGGGCAGCAGACUUGCCUCCCACCGUCUACCCACCACCGUUCCUUCUCUCCACCCAAGCUCCAUCCACCUUUCCCCCUUAGAUUUUGCCCCAUUGAUCACGCGUUCUGGGAAGACUACAGCGAGGAGGAGCACACGCGGUUGAACGAGGACGAGCAGAGCACUGCGCGCUCCCCCCGUGCGUCGCUGGGCUUCUCCCCGCUGCGACCCACCAAGCCCGUGAGUCAGCCGCGCAGCAACACGCCCACGCCCAGCCACGUCAUGGGUGCACGCGCUGCUGUCACCACCGCUACUCAGAUCGCUGCUGUCAGCAACGCUGCUGUUAAGACUGCUUCCGUGAAGACCCUUGCCAUGAAGAGUGUUGCUGUUAAGGCCGCAGAUUUAGCAGCUAAAGGAAUGCGUGCAUCUGCAGCUGCACCAGCCAAGGCUGCUGCUGCUAGAAGCGUUCCUACCAAGCCUGCAGCUGCUGCAGCUAAAGGCACUCCAGCCAAGGUCACUCGUGUGACGCCUGCAGCUACAAGCAGUGUUGUUGUUAACAGCAGCCCAGUGGGGUCAGUGGCAACAAAAGUGGCAGGAGAGAAGGCGAGGGAGCAGGGCAAUGGGAGGGCAGCACACACGGCGGUGCGUGGAGCAGUAGGGAAGGCGGCGUUGCGAGGGGUGGAGGCAGCAGGAGGGCAUGCAGCAGGUGUGGGGUCGGGUUUAGGGCGUGGUGGCGGUGGUGCGACUCUAAUCCCUAAGCCUGGGCAGAGCAGGGCAGAGCACACGGCUGCAGCGGCUAAGGCAGUGCAGGCUGCGCCUCACAUCACUCAUAAACCGGCUGCUCCAGCAGCAGCAGUGGCCGCCACUCUCAUUCCCAAGCCAUGCUACCCUGCAAACAGUGGCAUUCCGAAGCCACACAGCGCAGAACCCAAGGGAAGAGGUUCAUGGUGA